CAAAUCCCAAAUAUUUUCGCUCCAUAAGCCAGGAGUCCGUAGCAAUCGAUCUUCGUUCCGUAGCAUACGUACUCCUAUCAUGAGGCAGUGGCAACUAGACCUAAUCUCAGUCCGUAGCAGCGCUUAAUUAUUUUUCCCUAAGCUCCAUCUUCGUUCGAUCAGUACAUACGUUGCUAAUCGAUCUUUAUCGCCUAAGGGUGCUCAUCACGCUGAUCUGCCCUAUCUGCUGCGAUUCUCGAAUAAUCGCCUUGCCACGCCGAUCUGCUACUUAAGGGAUUCUCAGUGAAUCAAUAUAUCCUUGCUUCGCUCGAUCAUUAAGCAACCAUCACUCAGUCUUAUAUCCCGCUCUAGCUAUCUUUCAUCUCAUAUCUCCUCGCUGAUCUUAUGCUCAUAGGUUUGCUCAAUCUUCUUGCUCCAUGUCAAGGAUCUGGUACGAAAAAGAAGAAAUCUGGGAUUGAGAAGAGGAGAGGUAGAAACAAAUGUAAAGAGGCAGCGAGGCUUAAACCUGGUCAAAACUUGUAAUAACUUUCUAUAAUAAUCGAGCGGUUGGGAAUAAUCACAAUGUAUGGGCGAGACAUUUGGGGAUUAUCGUACGAGAUACAAAUAUGUGCCCAUUGAAAGUGCACAAAUGGAAUGAUAUCGGAGAAAGAGAAAAGGAACACAUGUGGAGUGCAGUCAUGGAUGUCUUUAGUAAUGAGAACAUAGAAGUUUACAAAGAGCAUACUCUUAUGCAUAUGAAAGAGUUGUGGACAAAUUGGAGAUCGGAUUUGUUCAGGAAUAAUGUGACAAAAAAGAAUAUAACCCUAAAAGCUGCAUAUAAGGCUAUUCCACCUAAGGGACUUGACAAGGGUUAGUGGAAGUGGCUUAUUAGAGAGAUCUAGUCGAAUCCAGAGUUCCAGAAAAGAAGUAAAAGAAACUCUUCUAAUAGGGGUUGUUAUGCUACUGAACUCAUGCACCGCACAGGGAGCAAGCCUUUUAGGCAAAUCAUUUGGGAUGAUUUGGGUGCAAGUGAGGGUAAUGAUCCUAAUUUAGUUGAUGUCUUCUACACCACUCGCAAGAAAGGUGAUAAGUUUCCGAAUGCGGAGACAACACAAAAACAUGAAGAAAUUCGUGAGACAAUGGAAAAUGAUCCUUCACUUUCUAAUGUAGAGGUAGCACAAAAGGUUUUUAAGUCCAAGUCUAAAGAUCGGGUUGUUGGUUAUGGAAGAGGAAUAAAGCGUAGGGAUAUAAUCGGGACGCAACCUAGUAAAUAAGAACUUCAAGCUGAGUUGAAUGCUACUAAAAAGCAAAAUGAAUUUCUAGCCAAUCGUGUGGAGAAUCCAGAAUGAAAAUUGUUGGGAAUAUUUUAUGGUGUCCAAUAUAAUUAAAUAUCUUUGUAUUUGUGUAGUUAUUAAUUAAACGUGUAAUACGGGCCACAAAUGUAUAUCAGCCCGUGGGCUUCCUUGUAACCCGUAAGUUAGCCAACUUCUCCUAUAAAAGGAGGCUAACUUACGGGAACCCUAACGAUCGGAUAGAGGCUGAGAGCGCAAGAGGCGAGAUAGAGAGAGAUUAGGGUUG